AUGAGAAGUAAGGACGUCAGCUGGUAUUGGCAAAAAUGUGGUGUGCUCGACUAUGACGAGGCUACGCGACGUUGGUUAGUCCAGAAGACUGAUGCCAGCGACCGAAUUCUGACAAAAGAUGGCGAUCCGAUGGUCAAUGGGGGCCUCGAUUCCAAGGGGCAAUUUUGCCAGGUUGACUCACAGUACUGGAUUCCACGAAUUCAACUGAUGUUCCUCGCUGAAGACCCCGUUGUCUUCGCGAAGCGCGUUGCUCAAGCCUACCAUGACAGAGAGGCUGCUGAGGCCACUAUUCGUUACAAUCUCUAUCUUGAUUGCAUGCCUGUAGACGGCCUGGUGGAAAUGAGUCAGACCACUCUCGACAGCAUCACGCAUCUGGCAAAGGGCUCUUCACCUCAACUGAGGACCGCCAAAGGGUAG